AUGGGGGAAUUACCGAGUUUUCAUAUUCAAGCAGAUGUGGUGGAAUGUAUUAAGGAUGUGGAGCAGGGUAAGGUUGAGAUGGAGCAAUUUUACAUUAAUGUUGAACCGGACAUUCAUACAGUGAAGGACUAUACAGUUAAGGUGAGUAAGGUUGAGGAUGAGAUAGUGUUCGAUGCAGGGGAGGGGAACGUUUUUAAGAAGGUUUCCCCCCAGAUUUAUGAGGCUAGUUUCGAGGGCGGUAAGCAUAAGUGCUAUUUCAAAUUACCUUCAAUAGUUUACACAAAGGACAUUAUUAGUGGACGAGAGAGCGAAUCGAGUUCUGCACGGCAUUUCACAGCAUUUGAUCUGGUGCAUACCCCUGAAGAAAGUUGGUGUGCGUUUGGAGACAGUAAUGGGAAGAUAUCUGUGUACAAGCAUUUUUCGCUGGAUAAGGAGCUUGAUGGUCAUGCAGACUAUGUUACAUCGCUGAAAUUUUUCCCCAGUGGGGAGGUUUUAUUGAGUACGUCAAUGGAUAUGCAGGUAAAGAUAUGGUCAGCGGUGGAUGGCUCUAAUCCUAGGACUUUCACUGGACACAAGGCUGCGGUGACGGAAUCUGCCAUCAUUGGACGAGGUCGGAACAUUUUAUCGUGUUCAAAGGACGGAACCAUUAAGCUUUGGGAAUGUGGAAGCGGGACUAUGCUAAGGAAUUUUCGAAGGGAUGAUAACGCAUUUGAUGGGAUUAAUACCAUGCAAUUAUUGGACUUGGAAGGGCGAAGAGCAGCAACUGUGAAUGAAAAUCAUCUGGAGUAUAGCACUGAGAACAAAACCGUAAUAGCCGGCCAUUUUUCAGGUGUUUUAACAUACCAUGACAUAUAUUCUAAGCAACAGAUAGCAGAGUUUCCAAGCCAGUUCUCCUCGCCAUGUACCACCUUGUCAUGUAACAAUACAGCCCUUGGGGAUUCUUUAUCACAUUACAUAUAUGCCGGAUACGAAAAUGGUUGUAUUGCCCAGUGGGAUACAAGAUACACAAACAAGGCAGUCAACCACUUAUUUUUCAACAAGGGGGCAUCAGCAGAUCGUCUCUUUUACUUCCAAGACUCUCUCUAUGUAUCAUCUAACGUAGACAGUAGCUGCCAGAUAUCACUAGAUUCCCGUGGUAAUUUUAAGGACCAGACAUUUUUGGUAGCCGAUGACCAUAAGAUUGCCCAAUAUGUUGCUGACCCGAAUGAUAAAUCCAUCUGGGCCGUAGGAGACUGGUCGUUUUGCGCAAAGUAUUAA